AACUGUCGUGAAAUGCAGCUGAGACAGCUGAUACGCGUCUAUAUUGUGAUGUAGUCUUAAUAAAUAGGCCUACAAAGAGAAGUCGUUAUGGCUCUACAGAAAACGAGCGAUCUAACUGUUGCUACUACGGAUUCACAUCGACAAGGAAAUCAGAAAACAAAUAUAAAGGUGCUUGAUGAAGAGACCUACACAAAGAAUCUUGAGAAUAUAAUUGAAAGAGAUUUCUUUCCGGACCUGCCCAAACUCCAGUCACAUACAGAAUACUUCACAGCCCUUGAGAAGAAUGAUCUGGUCAAGCUUCGUGAGAUACAGAUGAGGCAGAAUACAAAUCGACCCCAGACAGGCUCUACAACAGGAUAUGCCACACCAGCCACUUUUGAGACUCCAGAACCAGACAGUAGACAAAAGUCUCCGAAACACAAUGGUCGAGAGCCUGAGCCAUCAUCCAAGGCUACAAAAGAAAAAGACCUUGCAUCCUUGGAUCGUUACUUAUCCAAAAACACAAGUGAAGACAAUGCUUCAUUUGCUGAAAUUCUGGAGGAGACACAGAAGAAAGAGAGAGAGAAACAUGCCUGGCUUUAUGAAAAUGAGAGGGACAGAACAACAGAAGAGGAUGAACGUUUGGCACUACCCAGCAUAGAACAGCAGGCUAUAGAAGGACCACCUAAAGCUGGGGCAGACUCGUGGAAGUACAAGGCCCGAAACGCCCUCAUGUAUGUGCCUGAUGGUGAAGAAUUAAGUGAAGCUGAACUUAUCGAGUUGAGAAAAGGCAAGCCAAGGGAGAUAAUUCAUGAAAAUACUAGAUUCCAGAUCAGUCCUUGGAAUCAGUCAAGGAGUGCUGAGCAGAUCAAGCAGGCAGCAUCUCUAAAAGCCCUUACAUGUUAUGGCAAGAUAGGUCAUGAUGGAAAGGAAAUCAUGCCCUUAGAAUCUCCCAAGGUCAAUGGAUAUGGUUUUGUAGGGACCCCUUCUCCAGCUCCUGGAGUUGAGGACUCUCCAAUGAUGACAUGGGGAGAGAUAGAUAGCACUCCAUACCGCCUUGAAGGAAAUGACACACCGCUCACCAGUGCUGGUGGUCCAACAUUCAAGAUUCCAGAGAUGCCAAAAAGAGACAGACUUGCAAUGGAUCUUGCAGAGAAAGCCAGUAAAGCCCACAGGGACAAAAAGGAGAAAGCAUUGAAGUCUGUACAAGCAAGGCUAUCAUCACCCUCUCCAAAAUUUGGACGAUCUACCACAGAAAGACUACAGUCAAUGUCUCCAGCAGCGCAGAGACUCGCAACAGCCAGACUUGGUGUCCGAACACAGUCAGACAAAGCCUUAAGAGCUAGCUACACUCCAUCUCCAUCCCAUAGUCUCACAGGAGGCAAGACUCCAACCCUUACUCCACAACUCACCCCUAAACACGCCAGUAAUACCCCUGAAGGGAGUUCAACUCCAGGGAGUAAAAGAGACGGAUCAGAUAUAGCGUCUCUUACUGACAAUCUUCUACAGUUGCCAAAAAGAAAAAAAGCUUCAGAUUUCUUUUAAAAAAAUUAUAUUUAAUUUCCUGUGCUUAAAGUUAUCUUCAUAUUUUCCAGUGAAGAUUUAUGUGUGAAUGAAAUCUGUGAUGAACUGUGACAAAAAUGCACCUUGAAGGCCCAAAUGUGGUCGUUCUCGAUCACAAAUCAAUCUUACAGAUUAUAUGCCUCUGUGACUUGCAUUCCAAUGUGCAUUGAUGAUGGCACUAUGAAUAGCUUUCAUUACAACUUACAUUUUGUUACUGUUUAUUAAAUAUGCGAGAAAGUGAGAAAAAUAAUCAAAGAUGGGUUUGUACCUUGGACAAGGAUAUCUCGACCCUGUAAGAGUUUUGCUUACACUCUGGUUGAGAUUGUUGCAGAGGAACAGGCCCAGUAAGAUUUUAUAAAUGGCGUUCACACUGGAGACCCAGGUUUGAUUCCUGAUGGAACACUCAACAGGAAUGGGUCAUUGUCUGUUCUUUCACAUCAGUGUGUAUAAUAUUUCUUAUAAUGUGUGUUCUAUUUUAGGUAGGUACACGGUCGGAGCGUUAUUUUCAUUUCGCCUGUUUUUAGGGAGUUUGAGCUACAAUGGUACAUUAAGCUUACAUUUUAGUGCUUCAUCUUAGCUGUCGUUUUUCUUACCCGUCAACAUAAGGUUGAUGACUGCAAUCUGCUGAACAGAUUCAAGAAAAAGGACUGACUUUUCUAUAAAGUGAAUGAGGGGUUAGGGUCAAAUAAUAGAAACAGAAUCGAAAACAGCAGAGGUCAUCAGCUGUAAGGGUUAGGGUCAAACCACAGAAAUAAAGUCAAAAUCUUAAUUAUUAAUUUAAGUGUCAAAAACAAAAAUAGAGUUGAAAAAUUAACUAAGUUCAUCAAUUCAGCCUGAUAUUCGCCUUUAAAGUGAUCUGCUGAAAUUGCAAAAGAUAUAUACGAUUAUUUUGAAAACUUUUUUUUUUGCUAAGCUAAUAUAAUCUAAAUGCAUAAGGUUUAAAUAUGGCAUUGAAUAAGCACAGCCAUAGACCACUACAAGAUUGAUUGUACAGCCUUUCAGAUGAUCCUUUAGAGAUCCUUUCAUCAUUGAUUAUAAAGGUCUUGGUCAAAUUGUUUAUGACACUGGACUUUGGUCAUCUUACUCAUUUAUUUUACAUUAACCCUUUCACCCCUACUGACCAUAUUGGACUUCAAAUUAUGAAUGAAUGGCUGAGUCCACUAACAUUUCUUAGGGUUGAAAUGGUUAACAGGAUCAUCCUAACAAAUUAUAAAACAAGCUACAAAUGAUUUUGUAAUACAUUUAAACAUACUGGUAUCAUUUUUUGCAACCUGUA